UUAAAAAUAAUAAUGAGUAUUGUUUUUGUGACUUACACUAUUAUAUUUUAAUUCAAACUAUUCAAGACCGUGCACUACUAUACUGACCCUUUUUCGACCCAGUGUGAGCUAAACUUUUUAUUUUAAUAGCAUUGAACCAAUAUUAAUCACAACAUAUGAGUUUGUCUAUGCUCAAACCAAUGUGGCGGACAGUCAGCUAGCGUCAAGUGAAGAUCGUCAAGUUAUGGCGUUUUGUGAAAGACAUUGAUAUAGUAAAUAACAACUUUUAUAAGUGUAGUUAAUGUCAGUGUACCUAUAAUACCUUAAAAUUAAUUAUGAGUAGAUAUUACGAUUAUGGUAACGCUAUAUCAUGAUGUUUGAACCUUCCUUAGUCCCAGCUCAUUGUUGACGCGAUUUAACUCGGUCGUCAACAAUGGUUAAAACAAGGUCUUCAGCGAGAGUAGUCACCACAGCCCAGGGUUCAUCAGCUACAAAUGGAAACUCAUCUGAUCUUAGAACGAAAAAUAAAGGAUAUCCUAGGAACAGCCAAGCAAUACAAUCUGGUGCAACAGGCACGGGUUCCCAAGGCAAAGAUCCACUAGCACCUGGAAUGCAGGGCUCCCGCAACAUGUAUGGCCAGCACCCAGUGGUCAGUGGCUACAGUAUAGUCAAUAACCCACAGGAUUCUAGGGCACAGAACCUACCUGUAACGGGGCGCCAGAACCCGAUGUACACGGGCAACAUGUACCACGGGUAUGGUGGGGCGGGGGCAGCCACAUUGGCCCCGAUGCCUUCACCUUCGCCCACCUCAGUCAUGCCGCCGCCUUUUCCUGUACACCCUGAUGUUAAGUUUAAAAAGUUACCAUUCUAUGAUGUGUUAGCGGAACUAAUGAAGCCAUCCACAAUGAUGCCGAUACAACCAGGCCGAAUGCAAGAAGGCAGUUUCAUAUUCCACCUCACACCGCAACAAGCGACCGAAAUCGCCACGGGAAAGGAUAUAGUUGGAACAAGCAAUAAACUUGAUUAUGUCAUACAAGCCCAAUUAAGGUUUUGCCUGCUAGAGACGUCGUGCGAACAGGAAGAUUACUUUCCGCCUAGUGUUAAUGUUAAAGUAAACAACAAAAUGUGUCCACUGCCAAAUCCAAUACCAACAAACAAACCAACUCCAGAGCCAAAGAGACCUCCCCGGCCAGUCAAUAUCUCAUCCCUAGUGAAGUUGUCUCCGACUGUGGCCAACACCAUCCAGGUGACGUGGGCGGCAGACUUCACGAGGGCAUAUGUGUUAAGUGUUUUCAUGGUGAAAAAGCUGACCUCUGCCGAGUUACUCAUGAGGCUGAAGAAUAAAGGGACCAAGAACGCUGAUUAUACUAGAUCACUAAUUAAAGAAAAGCUCGCGGAAGACUACGAUAACGAAAUAGCGACGACGUCACUCCGCGUGUCGCUGAUGUGUCCGUUGGGCAAGAUGCGGAUGUCCUGUCCGUGCCGACCCGCCAAUUGUCCGCACUUGCAGUGCUUCGAUGCGUCUCUGUUCCUGCAAAUGAACGAGAGGAAACCCACUUGGCUCUGCCCGGUCUGCGAUAGGCCGGCGCCCUAUGAUUCGCUGGUUGUUGAUGGGUACUUCCAAGAGGUGCUGACCUCUCCCCGCUUAGCGACUGACUGCAAUGAGAUCCAACUCCUGGCAGACGGGAGCUGGUCGGCGCAUUCCCCACCUCCACGAGUGCAACAGGUGGCCCCUGUCGCGGAGCCCGUCACCCUCAUACCGGACGAGUUAGAAGUGAUACCAAUAGAAGGCAACAAUGCAGCAAAGAAAGCGGCGGUAGGAGAAAAUCGAACUCCCAAGCCCACUGAAGUCCUGGUAGAUCUCACCUCCGACUCUGAAGAUGAACUGCCAUUGAAAAGAAAGACUCCGGCACCAAAGUCCACUCCUCCUAUAGCUGAUCAGACUCCGAAAGAAGAAAACUAUAAUACUAAUAAUGGUCCCGAUGCGGUAUCAUCAAGCGGGUACCGGUCCCCGAGUAACAGUGGAGGCGUCAUCUCGCUGGAUAGCCCUUCGCCCCCCGCAGCCGGAUCUCCGCAGCCUCGCGCCACCGAUACUAGGAGCGUCUCACCGGAACAUUGCACGAGUAACAGUAAACGCGAGGAAAUUGUAUCUUCGCCGUCCCAUUGGGCGCCUUACGCAGACUCCGAACAAAAUGACAAUUAUAGAAGAUACUGACUCAGAGAGAAGAGUGGCCAGUUAUUUUCCGGUCAUUCUUCUGAGGACGAAACUUACGCUGAGGUGUCACUUAUACAGUCCUAGUACACUGAAAGAUGAAAGAUACCAGAAUUAAAUGUAAAAAUAUUCCAAA